UACAACGCAUACUCCCACAGCAGAAAGCUGGCUAUGACUUUUAGAGCUACUCUGUUUUCAAUUGGUUUAUAUAGUGCUGCGCUGUGCACCAAUAGCAUGCUUAACUGUACAAAGAGAUCUACUCCCUCCUCCAGCCACAGCACAGUAGCCCAUACAAUGCACAGAGAUGGUGAGAGACGGAGCUGUGCUCAGCCAUUCAUUCACAAUGGAAUUAGAUACUUGGUUAAAAAGGAGAGGUGAUCAAUAACAAUUUCGUUGGAAUAUUUUAUUUUAAGCAUGUUUUCCACAUGUUAUUUUUUCGGGAUAUAGCAAUAUGAAGAAAUUGAGCUUGAAGGAGAGAACGUGCCUCAGUGAUUGGAGGGGACUACUGCAAUGGCUGUUGUGUUUCUGUUUGUCUUGGAAUAAAACAGGAGCCGAGAUUCGUUAUACAGUUCCGGAGGAACUGAGCUUGGGAUCCGUGGUUGGAAAUAUAGCAAAAGAUCUGGGGUUGGAAGUAUCAGAGAUUUCGUUCCGUGAAAUGAGGAUAGCGUCUGUAGCUGGUAAGCAGUAUUUCAGUGUGGAUUUAGGUAAGGGCGAGCUAGUUGUCAGCGAUAGAAUUGACAGAGAAAGUCUGUGCGGACAAAGCGCCAGUUGCCUCUUGCCAUUAGAAGUCAUCAUUGAGAACCCUCUGCAGCUUCACAGAGUGGAAGUUGACAUUCAGGAUAUAAAUGAUAAUGCUCCUCAUUUUCAAUCAUCUGAGCGCACAUUGAAAAUAGCAGAAUCCACUGCCCCAGGUAUGCGAUUUUCUUUGGAGAGCGCGCAGGAUCCUGACGUUGGCGAUAAUUCUUUAAAAUCUUACACUCUCAGCAAAAACCAACAUUUCAGCUUGAAAGUAAAGGAUAUUGGUGAUGGAAGAAAAGUGCCUGAACUAGUAUUGGAGAACGCACUGGACCGAGAAAAUAAGGCAGCAUACCAACUGUUGUUGACAGCCUUGGAUGGUGGCUCUCCAGCCAGAUCUGGGACCUCGCAGAUAACCGUUGUUGUCCUUGAUAUAAAUGAUAACAACCCCGUAUUCGAAAAAUCGUCAUAUGAAGUGUCUCUAAAGGAAAAUAGUCAACAAGGCACAUCUUUCUUAACGGUUGAGGCAAAGGAUUUGGACGAUGGCCCAAAUGGUGAGAUUGAAUAUUCUUUCGGUGAUCAUACUGCACAGUCCAUAAAGACUUUAUUUGACAUCAAUCCAAAAACGGGGGAGAUGUAUUUAAAUGGUAUGCUGGAUUACGAAAACACUCCCUCACACAGAAUCGAGAUUAUUGCUAAAGAUAAAGGCAUGCCUGAAAUGGAGGGACAGUGCAGCGUCCAGAUUGAUAUCAUAGACGUCAAUGACAACCCUCCCCAAAUUACCCUCACUUCUACACCAAGCCCAGUGCGUGAGGACGCACCCAAGGGGACUGUAGUGGCUUUGAUUAGUGCACGGGACCCUGACUCUGGAGACAAUGGAAAGGUGACACUACAAAUCCCACCAAGCUAUCCUUUUACAUUGGAACCUUCCAUCUCCAGUCAUUACGCACUAGUCACCAAUGGUGUUCUGGAUCGUGAGAUGUUCCCAGAGUACAGCAUAGAGAUAACGGCUACUGAUGCGGGCUCCCCUCCGCUCACCAGCAAGAAAACCAUCCCAGUCCGUAUUCUGGAUGUAAAUGACAAUCCACCUAGGUUUCCAGACACUGCGUACACUGUGUACGUCAAUGAGAAUAACACACCUGGUUAUAUUAUAUGCUCCGUGUCCGCAUUGGAUAUGGAUAUUGGAGAUAACGCCAAGAUCUCCUAUUCUAUAUUAGACUCUAAAGUACAAGACGUGUCUGUCUCGUCCUAUAUUUACAUAAACUCAGAUAACGGCAGCAUCUACAGCAUGCACUCGUUUGACUAUGAGAUGAAGGUGUUUCAGAUACAGGUCCAGGCAAAGGACCACGGCUCUCCGUCUCUGAGCAGCAACGUCACGGUUCAUGUUUUUAUCCUGGACCAGAACGACAAUGCUCCCGCUGUUAUUUACCCUUCCACUGUCAUGGGCUCUGUCUCCCAUCAGAAGAUGCCCCGGUCCGCUAAAGCAGGCCACCUCACCACUAAGAUAUCGGCAGUGGACGCAGACUCGGGUCAUAACGCCUGGAUUUCCUAUAGGCUGGUGGAGGCCACAGACUCGUCUCUGUUCAGUGUGAAUCUUUACACAGGGGAGGUGAGGACUAAAACGCGCUGUUUUCAAGAGCAGGAUGACUCCUCUCAGAGGCUGCUUAUAGAGAUACAGGACAAUGGGGAGCCGGUCCAGUCGCCACAGUCACAGUCAACAUACUGUUAG